CAUGACCAAUUUUUCCCAGGACCGACGUGAGCGGAGGAUGACAUGUACAUUGCCGACACGGGAGUGUACUACUUGAAGACUCAUCGCUAUAGGUCACUUUAUAACAGGUCGCAUCUCCCUCCUCCCACCAUGAGCAUUAGUCUCUCUUCACUCUUCUGUUUCACGCCAUGGCUUCAUUCUAUUCCACUCAGUCAUAUGCGAUUACUGACCUAAGAGCACUCGAACCCCUCCCCGAAGCCCUUCGUUCCACGUCCCUUGUAAUGAGGGUGCUCUGUUUUUUGGCACUUGGACGCCCAAAUCUUGAUGAUCAUUGGAAGUCGCUGCAAUCAGAACAAGCCUUCGAAACCGUUAGGAGCAGGUUGUGCUCCAUCCUGGCCAGCACUAUCACCACGGCAAGUGUCCUCCUCGCUAUAAGCGGUGUUUUCGUCAGUACGGCCUCUCCUGUGUCGUACUUUGACUACACAUCGCCCGUUUCCUAUUGUCUGCUCUUUAUAUCGCUCAUGCUCGCCAUGAUCGCGAUGUUGACGUCUGGCUCGAGCAUGAUAUGUUGGCUGCACGCCGAUCGGCACUGGACUCAAGAACAACUCAAGCAAGGCGACUACUUCGUCUUGUCCUACCUGUUGUCUAUAGUCACGCCUAUAUUCUUCGUCGCUUUGUCCCUACAUUGCUUCAUAUUUGCGAUGUUGAUAGCAGGCUUUUCCUCUCAAAGCAUGAUCUGCCGCGCCGUCACUGCGCUCUGGCUGGUCGCAUACGCUGUCAACGUUGGGACGAUUUUGAUGGAAGCUAUGUGGAAGUAUGCGACAAGCCUCAAUCACGCUGGAUAACGUCAGUAGUUUCCAGUUCGCUCCUUGUUUCGUCCGCAGUUUGUAUAUGUUGUAUAUAGCCUCGAGCUCCGCACAAAGGUGAUCAGAAUAUAGACGAGUAUAUGUAUGUAGUCUGGCU